AAUCGGUGUGUAUGUGAAUGAGACCACUGGAAAUACAUAUGUUAGGAUGAACGGAGCAAAUGGUCGUCCAGUGGGUGGAAGUCAGCCAACAGUGGUGGAUGUACAAGGAAGUCAACCACCUGUCACACAACCUUAGAAGUUGGCAUAUUGAGUCGAUUUACUUUUGUCAGCCCCCAUGUAAUGACUUCCAUAAAGGAAGCUUUGAAAUCGACUCAUGUAACUAAUGGGGCACUUUGUUAGGAUUUGUAAGUUAAAACAUGUCCAGAAUCCAGG